AUGCAGUCCGGAAUCUCAGUCUCUGAUGAGCUUCACGAAGCCUUCAGGAACUUCGUCUCCGAUGAAUCCAUCUUCUGCCUUCCCGUAACAAUCAAGUCGGAAAGCCUGUCGCCCCUUUCCCCGGUUCCUUUCGCCUCUCCGAACGCCUUCUACCCGUCUCUUUCUCAGCUCUCAUCCGUCCUUGAACCCAAGACUCCUCUUUACCUCCUCAUUCGUCGCCCUGAGGGUGGUUCAUCCUCCCUCGUGGCUUUGACCUACAUUCCUUCCAAUGCUGGCGUGCGCGCUAAGACUCUCUUCGCCGCAACCCGCGCCACCUUGGCUAGGGAACUGGGAACGGAGAAGUUCGCUUCGACCAUCUUCGCUACGGAUGAAGAUGAGGUCAUUGGCGAGGAGGCAUGGAAGGAGCGGGAUGCAGAGAAGAAGGGCACCGCGGGCGGUUUCCGACGGGAGGAUCUGAUGGGCGAGAAGGAGCGGGAGUUGGAGGCUGUGCGAAGAGCCGAAGAGGAGGCUCGCAGCGGCACUCCGAGCAGAGAUAUUGGUAUUGGUGGCACGUUCAAAAGGGGAAACCCAUUCGGUGGUGCAUCCGUCAAGAUGCACGUGGAUGACGAGGUUAAGCAGGCCCUCGAAGGGUUACAGCAGGGUGGCCUGGUUCAGCUGGCCAUUGAUGUCCCCACGGAGGCGAUCAAGGUUGCUGCCGUUGAGUCCGGAGUGGAAGCAAACUCCGUCCAGUCACACAUCUCUUCAUCUUCUCCCCGGUACACUCUUUACCACUACCCCGACUCUGACGUGGUGAUCUUCAUCUAUACCUGCCCCUCGGGUUCCUCGAUCAAGGAGCGUAUGCUGUAUGCCAGCUCCCGGAUGCAUGCAAUCACUAUGGCUGGCGAUCAGGGCCUGAAGAUUUCAAAGAAGAUCGAGGCAUCCUCGCCCGAUGAGAUCACGGGCGAAAGGUUGCAUGAAGAAGUCCACCCCCCACAGGAUAACGGACCGAGCCGGGGAUUUGCGAGACCGAGACGUCCGGGUCGGUAA